CACACGAAACCCGUCCUCCCAGUCGCCGUCGCAGUCCCAUCUGCAUCGUCUUAAUUACAUGUAAACAAAAUAGAAAAACAAAAGUAAUUUUCCAAAUUAGGAAACACUCCAAAAUAAUAUUCUCAUUCGCCUUUUUUUCUUUUUUCACAUUUCCCCUAAAGUAAAUAAAAAUAAAAAAUAGAUUUAAAAACCCUAGACUGCCCCUAUUUCCUAAGGCUAGCUAUUUAUAUCACCCACGAACCUCUCCUUCCCUGCCCGAGGUCAUCAAAUCCUCUGCUCCAUUUCUCUGCUCUGCUUUCUCCCCAUGAUUCUCUCUUCCUUCUCCUUCUCCUUCUCUUCCACUUCUUCAAAUUUACACAAACAAACCCAUUUUAAUGGAGUUCCAUCACCUUAAUCAAGAUCCUAUUUCUUCUCCUUACAUUCGUAGCCUUGUUAAGCAUUUCAAAACCAAAGAACCCAUCAAUCCCAAUUCCUCUUCUUCUUCUUCUUCUUCCUCCUCCUCCUCCUCCUCUGGCGCCAAUCCCUCUAAAAUGGCGGAACCAAUUCCCAAACCUCAACCAACGCAACCCCACAAGAAGCAAGUUCGAAGAAGGCUCCAUACCAGUCGACCUUAUCAAGAGCGUUUGUUGAAUAUGGCCGAAGCCAGAAGAGAGAUUGUCACUGCGCUUAAGUAUCACCGGGCCGCUAUGAAAAAGGCCGCCGCCACUGCUGCCACCGCUGAGCAGCUACAUCAACCGCAGACGCCGGUGGAGUCAUCCCCUGCCAGAUCCCAAGAAGGGAAGAUCAGACCCAGGAAAAUCCCCAAGUCCUCCGCUACAGAGAGGAAUAGAAUUAAUGAAACCCAGAGUAAUUUCAAGUAUAAUGAUAAUAAUAACAAUAAAAAUAAUUUGAAGAAUCUUUGUUAUGAUCCAUCGAUGAUGAUGAUGAUGAAUUGUUCGUUCCCAAGUUGGUCGAUGAAUUCGCAAUCGGUGGAAGGGAAUAAUAUUGUGGACAUUGUAUUACCAGAGCAAACUCUAGGCCUGAAUCUCAACUUGCAGGAUUUCAACAAUUUGGACGCGAAUCUGUUCUCAAACGGUGGGGUUUCGGGUUCGUGGUCGACGUCGACAUCGUUCUCCAAGCCUUUCGAUUGCGACGGAUCAGGAAGGUCGGAAUUGUGUAUGGGCAGGGGAGGGAACAGAGUCGAAUACGAGCGGGGGCGGGGGCGGCGGAGGAGGGAGGACUGCACGUGGCGGUGGGGGAAAAGGAGAUGGCGGAGAUGAGUCGAUAGCGGGAGAAACAUGAGAUGGAAUGGAGUGAUAAGAUGAGUUUGGUGAAAUCGGCGUGGUGGUUGAGAUUUAUGAAGAUGGGGAAAAAGGAAGAGGAAGAAGAAGAAGAAGAUGGGUAUGAAUAUGGAUAUGGGGAUCCGUUCGAUCAGAUUUUGGAGUUUCCAGAUUGGAUGAACAAUGGAAAUGAAAGUUGUUUUCAAGAACAGCUGUUGAAUGAUUACCAGUUCUUCCAUGAUGAUCAUCCUUCUGCUCUUCCUUGCAUGGACAUUGGAGAGUUUGAAGGCAUGGAUGGGGAGUGGUUAGCUUGAAAAAGAUUUGAUUAUUUUUUACUAAUCAAAUCUUUCAGAACUUAUUUUAUUUUAUAUAAAAUAUAUAUUUCAAUUUUGGUAGUUUUAGAGUCCAAAGUUAUAGUAAUAAACCUGGUAAAAACAGUUGCUUUAAAGUAGGAAGCAAUGGAGUUUAAUUUAAUAAGGGAAGAACGCUUAUGCUUUUCCCUUUUUUU